UGUGCUCACAAUCCAAGGUUUUACUGUACAUUGAAAUCCUUUUUAUUAUGUGCAAAAAUUCAAGUAACUGUUCCUUCAGCCAGAAAUCUUGUGAUCUGAUAACUACCUGUGCUCUCUGCCCCCAGACUGUUAUCGGUUAGUACUGUUCCCCGCUAUCUCUGUGGACCUCAAACACCUCCACCUUUUAUAGAGAAUAGAGGGAGGUGUUAUGUAGUCCUAGCAUCGUGCUCUGUAGACUCCAAAUGCUUCCCGUCCUAGGGCUGCUUAGUACAGUUGUCACCAUAGGACAGGAAGUGUUGGCAGAUUGAAGUGGAACUUCAUGGAUAAGGUCACCUUUGGUGACAAGUUACAUCCGUAUUUUAAGGUGUAACAUAUUACCAAAGAGCAACUGUCUGCACCCCAUUAAUCCCUCACUUUGACAGCGAGCAGGGGAUGCUCUCCCCACAGCCGAUGUCAUAAUUCAAAAACGGCGUGGCCAAAGUAACGCAGCCUAAGGACAGGUAAGCUGCAUUAUAAGGUUUGUUCUUUCGUUUAGCCCAGGUUUACAUUGCUGCGGGUUAGAAAUUGUGCGACUUGACAAUUUCUAUACAAAUCGCCUCCCCGAAGUCACCAAAGGUAGUACAGGAACUACUUUUAGGAAUCGUAGCGUCAUUGCUGGCAAUGGCUGCUUAUUUGGCAUGCGAUUUGACAUGUUAAAUCGCAUGCCAAACUGUACCAAUGUGAACCUAGGCUGAGAUGAUACUUGUAUACCAGCUUUUGGGAUGCAUUUUGUUCCCUUUGAUUUAUAAGCUAUAUAUUUUAUAGAACUGUAUAAAGCCUUUAGAAGGAAAUCUAAGGUGUGUCCAGGUUUUCAGCAUUAAACAAUGGCUGUUAAAUAGAAAGUUAAUGGAGGCAGUUUUUGGUGCGUUGUAAUUUUGUAUAUUGUUCCUCCUGACGUUGUCAAUGCCAUAGGCUGUGCUGGAGAUGUAUUUUGCCUUCAUUAAUUAUGCAAAUGAUUGUUGGUCCCGGAGACGGGGGCGACAGAUGCUGCGGGGGACUGGGCACAGAUGUACUGUUGGCAUUUCACUAUUGUAAUAAGCUGCUGUAUAAACUCGGCUGUAACUCUAUAGAAACUCCCAUCUCUGGGCUGUAGCAUUGGGUUACAAAGCCCAUGGGUGUUCCUUUUGUCUGACUUUCUCUUCUGUGGCUUUUUGUGCACAUUUUGAUGAGCUGAAGUUUGAUUUUUGUGGUUGCAGACAACUGGUAUAGGAGGAGUUAAUCCAGAUAAGGCUUUUUUUUUUUUUUUCUCUGCUUGUAUGCAAACAUUGGGGUCAUAGAAGCCCUCUUCCUGUCAGCUGCCUGCCUUGCCUCUUUUGCUGCUUCAUUGGAGUACACAAUGCUUGUUCUGUGUGUGGCUCGCUCCUCCAACGCGUUUACCUGCCUCCUGCUCUGGGAAGGGGGUUCUGCUCGUUGGUUUUGAUGGGACCUGUUUCACCUUGUGAAGGCUCCUCUGUAAAUGGAAUUGCAUGCGUACAGCCGUGACAUGGAAAAUAAAGAAACACUCAGGGGGCUUCAGAAAAUGGAUGACCGCCCGGAGGAGCGCAUGAUCAGGGAAAAACUCAAGGCUACAUGUAUGCCAGCCUGGAAGCAUGAAUGGCUGGAGAGAAGGAGCAGGAGAGGCCCUGUGGUUGUAAAACCAAUUCCUGUGAAAGCUGAUGGGAUAGAUACUCCCAAAUCGGACUCUUCUGUUGAUGGGUCAUUGAAUGGAUCAUCCCAUAUUCUGAAAGGGAGACGCAGCCCUUCUCCCAGCAGCUCAUCCAGCUCUUCCAAAUCCAAGCCAGAGUCUCCAGGAAUGAAGAGAAGAGGAUUGUCUCCUGUCCCUUUUCAGAGCGGACGUACAACUCCACCACGAAGAGCGCCAUCUCCAGAUGGAUUUUCCCCAUAUAGUCCUGAGGAAACUAGUCGCCGGGUCAACAAAGUGAUGCGAGCAAGACUCUAUCUGUUGCAGCAAAUAGGACCCAAUUCUUUCCUGAUUGGUGGAGAUAGCCCAGAUAAUAAAUACAGAGUUUUUAUUGGUCCUCAGACCUGCAGCUGCGGCAGAGGGGCGUUCUGUAUCCAUCUUCUCUUCGUCAUGUUACGGGUGUUUCAACUGGAGCCGUCUGACACAAUGCUUUGGAGAAAAACCUUAAAGAAUUUUGAAGUUGAAAGUUUGUUCCAGAAAUAUCACAGUAGACGUAGCUCAAGGAUCAAAGCUCCAUCUCGUAACACCAUCCAGAAGUUUGUAUCACGCAUGUCAAAUUCUCAUACAUUGUCCUCAUCCACCACUUCCACAUCUAGCUCAGAUACCAGCAUUAAAGAUGAAGAUGAACAAAUGUGUCCCAUCUGCCUGCUGGGCAUGCUGGAUGAGGAGAGCCUGAUUGUAUGUGAAGAAGGCUGCAGAAACAAGCUACACCACCACUGCAUGUCAAUCUGGGCAGAGGAGUGUCGGAGAAAUAGGGAGCCUCUCAUUUGUCCCCUCUGUCGUUCAAAAUGGAGAACGCAGGACUUCUACAGCCACGAAAUGUCAACUCCUGUGGAUUCUCCUCCUCCUGUUCUGCGGGCUGCUCAGCAGCAAUCUCUACAACAGCAGCAGCCUACAGCUGGAUCCCAAAGGUCAGAGGAUUCCGAUUUAAACCUGACUCAUUAUGGGGUUCAACAGAUUCCCCCUUCCUACAAAAGCAUGGCUGAGCCAUGGAUUCAGGUCUUUGGAAUGGAAUUGGUAGGCUGCUUGUUUUCUCGCAACUGGAAUAUCCGAGAAAUGGCCCUGCGACGACUCUCACAUGAUGUCAGUGGGGCCCUGCUGUUGGCUAAUGGUGAAAGCACUGGAAAUUCUGGCACUGGCGGCACUCCUAGCAGCUCCACCCCACACUCUGCCAGUGGCUCAUCUCAGUCCAGUAUCUCAGGGGAUGUUGUUGUAGAGGCCUGCUGUAGUGUACUGUCAAUGGUGUGUGCUGACCCUGUCUACAAAGUCUACGUUGCUGCUUUAAAAACGUUACGAGCCAUGCUGGUGUACACUCCAUGUCAUACAACUGCUGAAAGGAAAAAACUGCAACGGCUUCUCAACCCUGUUGUGGAGACCAUCCUGGUCAAAUGUGCCGAUGCCAACAGCCGGACAAGUCAGCUUUCUGUGUCAACAUUGCUGGAGCUAUGCAAAGGACAAACGGGAGAGUUGGCUGUGGGGAGAGAGAUCCUUAAAUCUGGUUCCGUUGGUAUUGGGGGAGUCGAAUAUGUCUUGAACUGUAUCCUGUCCGCCCAGACAGAGUCUAACAACUGGCAAGCGCUUUUGGGCCGUUUAUGUCUCAUUGACCGGCUCUUGUUGGAGUUUCCUGCUGAAUUUUACCCCCACAUCAUCAGUGGAGAUGUCUUGCAAGCUGAUGCAGCAAUAGAAAGGUAUAGGAACUUGUUGUCCUUGCUGAACUUUGCGCUGCAAUCCAUUGACAAUUCUCAUUCGAUGGUGGGAAAAUUAUCUCGCAGAGUGUUCCUAAGCGCGGCCAGGAUGGUUGCCAGAGUCCCCCACGUGUAUGUCAAGCUGUUGGACAUGUUGAGCACAACCAGCUCAACGCAUUACAGCCGCAUGCGGAGACGUUUAAUGGCCAUUGCUGAAGAAAUGGACAUUGUGGAGGUGAUCCAGCAAGGCCUGGAGGAUUCUCAGACUUUUGAACACCGCAGGGAAGCCUUCGUGCAGCCCUCUGCGCCAGCCAACUCUCCAGUUACUUCACAAAGUAAUUCCCCAGAACACACUAUGCAGCUAUCAGGGAUAGUGGGGAAUGAUCCAUGUGUCUCAAAAGCCGCUUCUAGCCCUGAGGACUUGAACGAGGCACUGGAAGCGAUCUCCUUAGGGCAUCCUAUGUCCACUGCAACGACUGAGCAACCAAAGCCUGCCAUCCCCACUAAACGCAGACCAUUAAGUCAAUGCUUGAAUUCUCCCUCUUCCUCACAACCGCCUAAUUCCUUUUUCCAGACCUUGCCAUCUCCUUCUGCCCCAUCUGUGCCAGCUGGCCCUGUCGCAGAUAUCCCUAAACCUAAACCUCAGGGAUUUAAUCCCUGCAAAUUGUCAUCCUCUUCCCCUCAGACCCAGAGAAAAUUUUCUCUUCAAAUCCAGAAGCACCAUUCAGGAAGUAAAGAGCCUGAAAAACUGUCUCCGGUUUUCACUCAAGCUAGGCCACUACCAUCUCAUCAGAUACACAGGCCAAAGCCAUCUCGGCCUACUCCAGGUGACAUGGGGAAAGUGGCAGAGUCUCCAAAAGGCAAUAUGACUCUUGAUUUAAAUGUUUCUCAUAGUGACAAUGGUGGCUGUAGCAUUAGUGCUGUCAUACCCAGUGAUGAUACUGUUUUUACUCCUGUGGAAGAAAAGAGUCGGCUGGAUGUUAAUACAGAACUUAAUUCCAGCAUGGAGGACCUCUUGGAGGCAUCCAUGCCUACUUGUGAUGGCACUGUCACCUUUAAGUCCGAGGUAGCUGUGCUGUCUCCGGAGAGAGCAGAAAUCGAUAACACCUACAAAGAGGAUGUCAGCCACAAUCAGAAGUGCAAAGAGAAAAUGGAAGCAGAGGAGGAGGAAGCACUGGCUAUCACUCUUGCCAUGUCUGCCUCUCAGGAUGCUCUGCCAGUCAUACCCCAGCUGCAAGUGGAAAAUGGGGAGGAUAUCAUCAUCAUUCAGCAGGAUACUCCAGAGACCCUCCCUGGACAUACCAAAGCAAAAAAUCACUAUCGGGAAGAGGCUGAAUGGCUUAAAGGCCAGCAGAUUGGUUUGGGAGCUUUUUCUUCCUGCUAUCAAGCUCAGGAUGUUGGAACUGGCACCUUAAUGGCCGUCAAACAGGUGACCUAUGUAAGGAACACAUCCACUGAGCAGGGAGAGGUGGUGGAGGCUCUACGGGAGGAGAUCAGGAUGAUGAAUCACCUUAGUCAUCCAAAUAUCAUAAGGAUGUUGGGGUCAACCUGUGAGAAGAACAACUACAAUCUGUUUGUGGAGUGGAUGGCAGGCGGUUCUGUCGCCCACCUGCUCAGUAAAUACGGAGCAUUUAAAGAAUCUGUUGUCAUCAACUAUACAGAGCAGUUACUGCGGGGACUGUCAUACCUGCAUGAAAAUCAGAUCAUUCACAGAGACAUAAAAGGUGCUAAUCUACUGAUUGACAGCACUGGACAGCGACUUCGUAUUGCUGAUUUUGGAGCAGCAGCUAGACUGGCCUCAAAGGGCACGGGUGCAGGCGAAUUUCAGGGGCAGCUGCUGGGAACAAUUGCUUUUAUGGCUCCAGAGGUGCUGAGGGGGCAGCAGUAUGGGCGGAGCUGUGAUGUGUGGAGCGUUGGCUGCAGCAUUAUAGAGAUGGCUUGUGCUAAACCUCCAUGGAAUGCAGAGAAGCACUCCAAUCACCUUGCUCUCAUCUUUAAGAUUGCAAGUGCAACAACGGCCCCAUCGAUCCCUCCGCAUCUGUCUCCAGGGUUACGGGACGUCACUCUUCGAUGCCUGGAACUUCAGCCUCAAGACCGGCCCCCAUCAAGAGAGUUGCUGAAACACCCGGUCUUUAGAACAAAGUGGUAGAAGCAUUCUCUACAGAAGACCAUUUUAAGAUUGCUACUGAGAUAGAGACAGGGAACUCUGUUCCUCUAUAGCUGCAUGUCCUGUCUCUGCCAUACUGUACCUGUGUGUAAUGUUUGUCCCUCCCUGCCCUGUGCAUGACCACUUCAUACAUGGAACAGCUUCAGAACAAGGAGGACUUAAAAGAUGAGACAAAAUGUGUGCCUUGUGGGAGAUGCCUUUCCAAAAAUCUAAAUGAGAAAGAGAUGCUACUCCUUUUGACUUUUUUAAUCCUAUCCUUUUAUUAUUAUUUUUUUAUUUAUUAUAUUACAUAAAACACAUCUUGGGGUGUGCUUUGUAAUUUUAGUGAAAUUUGCAUGAACGUUACUUUGUGGGCCAUGACUUCUGGCAUCUAUUUAAAAACAUCUCCAGCUUUCUGAAGCUUCCACUGAGAGGAGUCAUGACGGCAAUGCGGGGCAAAGCCUGUAAUUAGUGUAUUUGUCAGAUCGCAGUAUACAUGGCCAUAGAGAUUAUUGCAAUGUGUAAAUACUGACUACACUGUAUUUUACCACAGCUGUACCACACAGAACCAACCUUUCUUCAUUUUAGAGAAUUGUCGUGUGUGUUAUAUAUAACAAAUUAAAGUACAUUUUUGGGUAACUCGUACCCAAAAGCUUUUCCCUUUUAAGAGAAUGACUGGUCUGGAUCUGAUGGAAUUGGUCUUCUGGUCAUUGUAUCAAACGCUGCUCAAAUAUGGUUAGCUAAGGAUAUGUACACAUAUAGAAUUUGACUUUGCUUUUGUGGGAAUUUGUAUCCAGCUACAGAACAGGAUGCAGUUGGCCAUGCCUGUGCCUGCCAUUGCAAGGCCAAGCCCAUAUCCUAGAAAUUGAUGGCUUCCCGUUUGCAAUUAGUGAGGUGGGUUUUAAGCAUCGAAUUUUAAAAAAGACUAUUUGGGCAUAGCUCCUGCAUAGAGCUGCAAGAUUAAUCGUUAUAAGAACACUAUCUCGAUUCAACCCCCCUCACGAUGCUAAUCGGUUGUUUCUGUGAUUCUAUGUAACCCGUGCAGUGCCGAGCUCUCAAAAAAAGACAAAUGUUUAUCAACAUUCCUCAGCGCUGAGAGAUAGACACAAUGGGGGUUAUUUACGAAAGGCAA